AUGCAAUCAUCAUCAUCUGUUAUAAAUUCAUCAAAUAAUCAAAAUUAUUUUCUUUCGCAAGAAGAUCGUACACGUCUUUAUCAAUUAUUAAAUGAAUUUGAUAAUGAUCAAUUACGUUUAAUUCUUACAAAACAUUUACGAAAUCCUUCAAUAUUAAAUGAACUACAACAUUAUCCACGUGCACGACUUUUUCAAGAAUGUUUCACACUUUUUGAUAAUUGUCAUCCAAGUGAAUUAGAGCAAACAUUAUUUGCUUUAAGACAGAAACGUGUUCCAUCAGAUUUUUAUCAACAACAACAGCAGCAAACACAAUCAAAUUUUCGAGCCUCAUAUAAUCAAGAACCACCAUCUUAUUAUACACAUACAACAAUACAAUAUGGUGGACAACCAAACUAUCAUUUACCGUCAGCAACAACAAUACCACAACAUAUACGAGCGACUCGACCAAAUUUAAAUCUUUCUCAAUCAACUAAUAGUAAUGAUCCUCGUUCUGCGCAACAAGCUUCAUAUAUGGUUUCGGUUAUUCCUCAUCCACAACACAUAAGAUCUUUAUCUCCUUCAACUCCAUCUAUUCCAAAUAAUUCUUCAACAUCUGUUAUUCAACAAUAUCAAAACCCACAUUUACCUGUACCACCGUUUAUCCAAACAGCUUCUUCUUCUUCUUCUUCAUCUACCCAUCAAACUUCUAUUUUACCUUCAACAAAUAAUUCGCAACAUCCAACAAAUAAUUCACAGCAUCCAAUAAAUAAUUUACAACAUGCAACGAAUAAUUCGCAAUAUUCAACAACUAAUUCACAACAGCCGACAAAUAACUCACAACAUUUAACAAUAAAUAAAAUAAGUUAUAAAAGUUUACCAUUUUAUCAAACAAUAACAUGUGUUUAUGAACGUUAUAAUGUAUUUCAUUAUGAUGCAUAUCGAAAACAGUAUACAUCAUAUGAUGAAUUUAUUUUGCCAUUAGACGUAUGUAAUCAAUUAGGUUUAUCAUAUGAUUAUGAUUCUAAUCUUAAUCUUCAUAAAACAAGUAAAUGUCUUAUAUUACGUCUUGCACGUAUUGAUCAACCAGCAACAUUUCAUGGACAAUAUGAAGACAAUCUUCCACCAAAUUUAGUUAUUGUUGUUAAUGGACAUAGUUUAACAAAUUUACCUUUACCAAAAGCUUGUACACGACAACAAAAUGAUUUAAUACGUAUUGGACGUGAAAUUGAUUUAACACCAUAUGUUAUGUUUAAUCCAAUAUUAAAAAAUGAAAUUCGAAUAACAUGGUUAUAUCGUCUAGAUAAUACAAGUUUACAUGUACAAUAUGCUAAUGCUAAAUAUGCAUUACAUAUAUUUCUUGUUGAACAUUUAACCGUUGAUAAUUUAUGUGAAAAAGUUAUUAAAAAACCAUUAAAAUUUUAUCGUCAAGAUUCAAUGAAAUUAUUAGCUAAAGCAUGUGCUAAAGAUCGUGAUCUUGGUUUAGAAGUUAGUGAUCAAAAAUUAAAAUUAACAUGUUCAAUUGAUCAAAGACGUUUAAGAAAACCUAUACGAGCAACAACUUGUCAACAUCUACAAUGUUUUGAUUUAACAAAUUAUAUUGCUUUAAAUGAAAAAUCACACAAAUGGAUAUGUCCUGUUUGUAAUAAACCAGCGCUAUUGGAAGAUUUACAAAUUGACUCAUAUACAGAAUCAAUAUUAAAUUCAAUAAAAAAUGAAAAUAUAACCGAAAUAACAAUUAAUGCUGAUCUUCAAUGGACACCUGUUAUACAAACGAAAGUAGACGAUGAAUUAAUCAGCCCAACUUCAAACAUAAAUAUAAUUUCAUCAUUAUAUGAUCCUAUUUUAAUUGAUGAGGAUUAA